AUGAGUUGGAUGGAUUCAUGGUCACGCCCUUCGAAACAUUCCCCUGUUCCUCCACCUCUCUAUUUGACAGCAGGAGAAAGCGUUCCUUACUGUUUAACAUGUGGUCGAGUCAUGAGCACCAAGAAAGCAAGCAAGAGGUCCAACAAUGAGGUUAAAUACUGUUCAGACCGGUGCCGGAAUCGGAAACCAGGAAAAUUGGAUAGAAAGAUCGAGCAAGCUAUUAUUGCACUUUUAAAUCAGGAAAAAGAAUCAGGGUUGGAAAAGACUGGUGCAAAGGAUCGAUUUGUGAAAGGAGAUCAUCGAGUUAUCGUUACUUGUGAUGAAAUUGAAGAGAUUGUGUUUGGAAGUCGAUUUGAUCCCGAAAAGGUUUAUGGGAGGAGAAAGAAUCGAAGGAGUAGAGCGAUUGGAGGAGCGAACGCAGAUGCAGAAUGGAGAACUGUGGAUAUGGAGAGUAGUGAGGAAUCGGCCAGUGAGGAUGUACCUGUUGAGUCUGUGGAUACCAAAUCCGGUCCAACGAUACGUCCACCUCAAACAGAAGCAGAUGUCAACUUUAGUGUUGGAGGCGAGAGAGGUAGAGCCGAGAGGACGGAAGAAUCGGUUUCUGAUGCACAGAAGAUGAUCGAUGGUCAAAAGCAGGCGGAAGAGAGGGAGAUGGUUCGAAGGGCAGCUAGGAGGGCUGUUGUUUUUGGUUUCAUUGUUGAACAACCUCUAGAAACGGCUCCACAAGCUUUUAAGGGCUCAAAGCAUAAGAAGUCGACUAACUGGGAGGAGCUUGUUGCAAAGGAACCCACCAGGCGCAAGUGCGAGGCUUUGAUGCAAGGCUCAGUGGUUGAGCCAAGCUUUGCUAAAGGGAAUUGGUCUAUAAGAUGGCGGGAGUAG